AUGUAUAGAUCGAAUGUGUUGGAUGACUCAAUGUUGAGUACUCUUAUUUUGGGUUUCAGACGCUUGCGUGCAUUAGAUUUACAUGAAUUGAAGAUCACAAGAGUGCCAAAUUCUAUAGGGAAACUAAUACAUCUAAAGUACCUCGAUCUUUCUUUUAAUAAGGAUAUUGAAACUCUCCCUGAUUCAAUUACUACAUUGUUGAAUUUGCAAACAUUAAAACUUUGUAGUUGUGAAGGUCUUAAAGAAUUACCCAAAGACAUGAGAGAAUUGGUUAGCCUCAAACAUCUUUAUAAUGAUGGUUGUGAUAAUUUGAGUCAUAUGCCUUCUGGAUUAGGGCAAAUGACUUCACUUCAAACAUUACAAUUAUUCAUUGUGAGCACCUCCUCCCAUACUGGUGGAUUAGGCGAAUUGAAGAAGCUAAACCUGCGAGGUACAUUAGAGAUCUCACAUUUGGAACGAUUGAAAGAAGUUAACUCAGAAUCCAUUGUUGUGAAUUUAAGGGAGAAGCAACAUAUUGAAAAAUUGAAAUUAAAAUGGUAUCGUCAAAAUGAAGUAGAUAAUAAUGAAGAUGAGAAGUUAUUAGAAGACCUCUGGCCACACCAAAAUCUCAAAUAUUUGGAAGUGCAUCAAUACAAUGGUGUGAAAUUUACAAGUUGGGUCUCUUCUCUCAUAUAUCUUGUUGAUUUAAGGAUAGAAAAUGGUAAGAGAUGCCGAUAUCUACCAUCAUUGUCUCAUCUCCGCUUUUUAAAAUCUCUAAGGCUUGACACCAUGAAUGAUUUGGAGUACAUAUCCGAUAAUGAUAUGAGUAAAAAGGUGCCUGCUUCAUCCACAAUAUUAUCAACACCGUUCUUCUCAUCUCUGAAGUCACUCACAAUAGAGGCAUGCCCUAAUUUGAAGGGAUGGUGGGAGAGAACAGGGAGGGAUUUAGUUGCAACAACAUCUGCGUCAACACCAGAUUAUCAACAAGAUCAGUCUCACCACUCACUGCCUUUAUUUCCUCGUCUUUCUCGUUUGCGGAUUAUUAAUUGCCCUAAAAUGACUUCCAUGCCCCUGUUUCCCAAUCUCGAAGAAUCUCUAUAUUUAGAGAAUGUCAGUGUGAAGCCUUUGCAAGAGACAAUGUCAAUGAAUUUUUUAGUUGCCUCUUCCUCCUCUUUACUGUCCUCUUCUUCUCCUCUCUCCAAAUUAAAUAAUAUGACUUUGGAUUCUAUAGAAGAUAUAGAGUCUCUUCCGGCUGAGUGGGCACUAAAUUCUCUCAAGGAACUACGAAUUUUGGAUUGUCCUAGAGUAACAUCUAUGUCUGGAGCGGUGCGUUAUCUCACCUCCCUCUGUUUGCUAUCAAUUUACAUUUGUGAGGAGUUCGAUCCAUUAAGAGACAUGCAUGAUGAUGGCAUGGAAUGGCGAUGCCUCAUUUGCCUCCGUGAUUUACGUUUCAGUGACAUUCCGAAACUGAAGUCUCUCCCUGUGGGUCUUCAAUAUGCGAGCCUAAUCUGA